AUGUCUUCCAUCGUCAACAAGAUCAAGGAGGCUGUCCACUCCGACAAGUCCCACCAUGGCGCUCCUGAAGGCACCAGCGGACCCCACAACUCUCGUGUCGCCAACGCUGCCGACCCCCGCGUCGACUCUGAUCGUGACGGCUCCCACACUGCUGGCCGCACCACCGGCACCACCGGCACCACCGGUACCAACGAAGGUCUCCACGGCCCCCACAACUCCCGCGUUGCCAACACUCUCGACCCCCGUGUAGACUCGGACCGUGAUGGCUCUCGCACUGCUGGCAACACUGGUACUGGCUUCGGCAACACUGGUACUGGCUUCGGCAACACUGGUACUGGCUUCGGCAACUCUGGCCGCACCGCUGGCACCAACGAGGGCCUCCAUGGUCCCCACAGCUCCCGCGUUGCCAACACUCUCGAUCCCCGCGUCGAUUCUGACCGUGACGGUUCCAACACUGUUGGCUCUUCUGGCACGGGCACCCACACCACCGCUGGCUUCGGCGGCAACACUGGCAUCGGCUCUGGCAACACUCACCGCGCCACCGCCGGCACCGGCACGACUGGCAUGACCGGCACCCAUGGUGCCCCCGCCGGCACUCACGGCCCUCACAACUCUCGCAUUGCCAAUGCUGCUGAUCCCAGAGUUGACUCUGACCGUGAUGGCCGUGGUGCCAUCCACAGCGGACCUGGCCCUGCCAGCAACACUGCCGGCCCUCACUCCAGCGAUAUGGCGAACAAGCUCGACCCCCGUGUCGACUCGGAUCUUGACGGUUCCAAGACCAUUGGUCAAAACAGGACUUACCAAUCUGGGACAGCCACUUCCAUCGCAAGAGACCCUACGGACGCUUCUCAGGUCCCUCCCUCCGUCCUUCGCAAGCAUCUGGGUGACCCGGUGGUUGAGCAUGAUGACCACCACCAUCACCGCGAGAGGCGAAAUAGCGUGAAGUCCCACCAGGAGGCCUUUAGCGGAGUCUAAAUAGGGGGUUGCUUUUCGACCAAGAUGGAACAUGCAUUAUGAGUUAUGACGGAUGGUUUUGAGCCUUUUUUUUUGUAAUAAUACCAAGUUUGCUCUUGUUCUUUCAUUACUGCCAUCACUCGCUUGCGCUGGUUGGAAAGUGGAUGAUGUGGUAUGCAAUAUCAGGUAGCUAGAUACCCCUUUGGUGUAGGAUCAAUGCAAACAAAGUCGCUGCAAAUGAUCAAAACUGCCUACAUAGAAGUGAACAUGAUAUGGUCAGCUCAAUGGACAAGUCUUCAACUUC